AUGAAGCUUCACAACCCCAAUUUUCUUGCAUUAUUAUGCUCUACAUUCCUUCAUAUCAUUCUAUUCUUUGCUAUAACCCUACUAUGCUUGCAACCUACCACUUCUGUCCCUUCAACAAAUGUAACUGAUCAUUUGGCUCUACUCAAAUUUAAAGAAUCCAUUAAUUAUGACCCACAUGGAAUCUUGAGCUUCUGGAAUGAUUCUAUCCAGUUCUGCAACUGGCAUGGAAUUACAUGUGGCCGCCGUCAUCAAAGAGUCACAACCUUACAACUAGAAGCCCAUAAUUUGGGUGGAACCAUUUCACCAUACAUUGGCAACCUCACUUUUCUUAGGGCCAUCCACCUUCAAAACAAUAGCUUCUAUGGUGAAAUUCCAAAAGAAGCUGGUCAUUUGUUCCGACUGCGAGAUCUCAAUCUUUUCAAUAACACGCUUGGAGGAGAAAUUCCAACAAGCUUGUCCAACUGCUCCGAACUAAGGCUGAUGAACGUCUCGGUAAACAAACUUACUGGGAAAAUUCCCACGGAGCUUGGCUCUUUGACCAAGCUUAUAUCUCUUCGGGUGGCCAGAAUAAACCAACUUAGUGGUGCCCUUCCAGAAAAUAUAGGCCAUACUCUCCCUAAUCUCCAACAAUUUUUAUUAAGUGAGAACAAAUUCUUUGGGCCAAUCCCUAGUUCUUUAUGCAAUGCAUCUAAACUUCAAAUACUUGACCUUAGCAAUAAUAGCUUUGUGGGAUCAGUUCCGAAAAAGUCAAAUAAGAAACCAUCAUCUAUAGUCUCAAAUAUUGAUCUCCUUCCGACAAUUUCGUACAAAAUGCUUCAUCAAGCGACUAAUGGAUUUUCUCUCAACAAUUUGAUUGGAUCUGGUAGUUUUGGAUCAGUUUAUAAAGGGAUUCUUGAGCAACAUGAAAGACUAAUUGCUGUAAAGGUCCUUAACCUUCAAACAAAAGGAGCUCCCAAGAGUUUUAUGGCAGAGUGCAAUGUGUUAAGAAAUGUUCGGCAUCAAAAUCUUUUAAAGAUCUUAAGUUGUUGCUCCAGUAUAAAUUAUAAUGGUGAUGAAUUCAAAGCUCUAAUAUUUGAAUUCAUGACAAAUGGGAGCUUAGAUAUGUGGCUUCAUCCAAUGAUAGAUAGUGAAUAUCAAUCGCAAAAUUUGAGCUUUUUUCAAAGACUUAUUAUUGCCAUUGAUGUAGCUUCUACAUUAUGUUAUCUUCACAAUCGUUGUGAGCAAAAAAUCAUUCAUUGUGAUUUAAAGCCGAGUAACAUUCUUCUCGAUAAUGAGAUGAUUGCUCAUGCUAGCGAUUUUGGUUUAGCAAGGCUCCUCACAACUACUAAAGAUUCUUCCAAGAAGCAUACAAGCACAAUCGGAUUAAAAGGAUCUAUCGGCUACACUGCUCCAGAGUAUGGUAUUGGUGGUGAAGCAUCAACUGAGGGGGAUGUAUAUAGCUAUGGAGUUCUUGUGUUGGAAAUGUUCACUGGAAGGAGGCCCACUAAUGAUAUGUUUAGAGAUGGUUUGAAUCUCCAUAACUUUGUUAAAAUGGCACUACCAAAAAGACUUGUUCAAAUUGUUGACCCACUGCUUUUACCAAGAGAAGCUACAGAAAUGGGAGAAACAACUGCGACAAUAAUUGCAAAAGAAAAAGUUGAUAACAAUGAUGACAAUUCUAAGCAAAUUGAUGCUAACAUGCAAAAGUUCUUACUCUCAAUCUUUAACAUUGGAAUUUUAUGUUCAAUGGAAUCCCCAAAAAAGAGAAUGAGUAUGGAAGAAGUCCUUAAGGAACUACAAUUGAUAAAAAAUACUUUUGUUGGUUUGGGGAACCUCAGAGGAGCAUGA